AACGCGCGCGGGGGGCCGUGUGGACGCGCCUCCCCGGCGAUCCCGGGAGCGAGGCCGGCCUGGCGGAAGGCGGCCCGGGAGAGGCGCUGGAAACUCCAGAGUCCAUCUGUAUCCCUGUGAAUGUGAAGCCAGCUCCGUAUCACUCAUUCCCCAAGAAAUGGCUGUUUCCGCAGCUGGAACAGAGUGGAAAGAGAUGUCGAAAUAAAAGCAGCAGCAAUUUUAACAUCCGUUCCAUCCCUUACCUCCUGACAAGAAACUCAUUUUGUCUUCAUUCUCAAGCAGGUGAUUGGCAGGCAACGAAAAUUGUUUGUCCUUUCAUUGAAAACAAGAGUGUGAAGUGAAGGGAGAGACAUUCCAAAACCAAAGAGAAUCUAAAAAGUGUGACAGGAACCAAGUAAAGAUGAGGAGGAAAAUUCAUCUCUUUGGUAGAGGUAGAGCAACCCACUAGAAAUUCAAGAAAGACAAAGAAAGGAAAAAGGUGCAGUAAAAUCUUAACAUUUCCUAUUAUGUAUUAAGGUUAUUAUUAAUCCAACAGGGAACUAAAAUAAGAAUAAAUAUUUGAUAAGAAUUGCACAAUUCAGAGAGUAGAAAAAUCAUAUAGAAGUCUAGAAGGAAAAAGAGGUUUGUUCCAAUUGGAAAAUCUUACCACUAUUCAGAGACCCAAAACCCAGAAGAUGUCGUGCACAUGCAUAGAAUGUGGAAAGAGCUUUGGCUGGAAUCAUCUUCCUUUACAUGAAAGCACUCACACUGAGGAAAAGCCUUUUAUGUGUGCGCAAUGUAAAGAGUGCUUCAGUGAUAGCGGAGACCUUUCUAUACAUCAAAGGAUCAACACUGGAGAGAAGACUUGUAAAUGUAUGGAAUGCGGAAAAACCUUCAGCCAGAAACUCUAUCUUCCUUUACAUGAAAAAGCCCAUACUGGGGAGAAAUCAUAUUUAUGCCAUGAAUGUGAACAGGCCUUCUCUGCAUGUGGAAGUCUUACUAGACAUCAACAAACGCAUACUGCACAGAAGCCAUAUGGAUGCAUGGAAUGUGGAAAAACCUUCUGUGAACGUGGAAUGCUAACUACACAUCAAAGAAUGCACAAUAAUGAGAAACCAUAUACUUGCAUGGAAUGUGGGAAGAGCUUCAGCAGGAAUCAAACACUUAUUGUACAUGAACGAACCCAUACAGGAGAGAAACCAUAUAAAUGCAUGGAAUGUGGAAAGCGCUUCCGUGAUCGUGGUGGUCUUUCUAUACAUCAAAGAACUCACAGUGGGGAGAAGCCUUAUACCUGCAUGGAAUGUGGAAAAAGCUUCUGUGAUGGUGGCAGUCUUGCCACGCAUCAAAGAACGCACACUGGGGAAAAGCCUUAUAUAUGCAUCGAAUGUGGAAAGAGUUUCUGUCUUGGUGUAAAUCUCACCAGACAUCAAAGAACACACACUGGGGAGAAACCUUAUACAUGCAUCAAAUGUGAGAAGAGCUUCUCUGAUGGUGGGAGUCUUACUAGGCAUCAAAGAACCCACACUGGAGAGAAGCCAUAUAAGUGCAUGGAAUGUGGAAAGAGCUUCACACAGAAUCAACAUCUUACUAUACAUCAGCGAAUUCACAGUGGAGAAAAACCUUAUACUUGCAUGGAAUGUGGCAAGAACUUCUGUACACGUGGAACUCUUACUACACACCAAAGAACACACACUGGGGAGAGGCCAUACAAAUGCAUGGAAUGUGGAAAGAGCUUCAACCGAAAUCACACACUUACUAUACAUGAAAGAACCCACACUGGGGAGAAGCCAUAUAAAUGCAUGGACUGUGGGACAAGAUUCAGUGAUGGUGGAAGCCUUACUAAACAUCAUAGAACCCACACAGGGGAGAAGCCAUAUAAAUGCAUGGAAUGUGGAAAGAGCUUCAACCGGAAUCAUACUCUUACUGUUCAUGAACGAAUUCAUACAGGGGAGAAGCCAUAUAAGUGCAUGGAAUGUGGAAAGAGCUUCUGUGAUGGUGGAAGGCUUAGAAUACAUCAAAGAACUCACACUGGGGAGAAGCCAUUUAAAUGCAUGGAAUGUGGAAAGGGCUUCAACCGGAAUCAUAUUCUUACUAUACAUGAAAGAACCCACACUUGGGAGCAGCCAUAUAUAUGCAUGGAAUGAGAAAAGAGUUUCUGUUUUGGUGGAAAGCUUAGUAUAUAUCACAGGACCCACAACAGAGGAAAGACUUCACCUUGCAUGGACUGUAGGAAGUGUUUCAGCCAGAACUCUCAUCUUGAUAUACAUUGAAGACUUCACAGAGGGGAGAAGCCAUAUAUAAGCAUGGAAUGCGGAAAUAAUUUCAGGAAGAAUCAUCUUUCUUCACAUCAAAGAACCCAUGCAGGAAUAGUCCACUUUUGAACAUGGAAUUUAGAAACAGUUUCAACCAGAAUCACCGUCAUACUAUACACAAACACAUACAUACUGGGGAUGAGCUCUUUUAAUGCGUGGGGUGCAGAAAUAGCUUCAGUAACAGGAGAUGCCUUAGAAAGCCCCAAAGUACUUAUCUGGAUAGGAAGCAUAGAACUGUGGAAAGCAGGGAAAGACUUUCAGCAGUUUGGGAUAUUAAGGUACAUAUCAAGGACCUUGCAGAAGAGAAAAAGACGAACAUGGAUGAACUGUGAAAAGAGCUUCAACUGUAUCGCAACCCUUGCCGCAUGCACUGUGGAAAUACGCUGAAUGCUGUUCCGACUGUACCAACCGCAGGGCUGGUUCCACAGGGGAGCACCAAGUAGAAGUGCAGGGACAUAGGAACCAAAAUCCCACGCAAGAUCAAGGGAAAAGUCAGUCCAGUCCAGCAUUUUGCUCACCCUUCCGUCUGUCUCCCACCAGCCUUCUGCUGUGCAUUUCGGAAAUUAAGUCUUUCCCAGAAAACUUGGAUUACACUUUAAAUGAGGCAGGACAGUGCCUCUCCGUUGUUAAUGUUGUUUUUUAAAUAUGUAUACAGACUGUAGGAAGAGCUGUACCCAAGGGGUUCUUUCCUUCUCUCGUAACAAAAUGCUUAAUUAUUUGGUCCCUGAAAUAUGAUUUUGUAUGACACGGC